AUGAACUUUUUAGACUACUGUAAAAUAUCUAUGGUGUUAAUUAGUAUUUAUAUCCGAAGUGCUGUAUCUGGUUGGAAUAUCACUUUUGUUCAUAUUAAGUUCUUAAAGUUGCUUUUUGGUACACGAAACAUUGCUCGUCCCCGAGCUCCCAAUUUCGGGGGAAAAUUUGGGACAUUUUGGGGAAAUGGGACAAAAACCCCAAAAUUUUCCCAAACCUGGGGAAGACUACUUCACUUUGAGGAUUUCUCCAAAAUUGCCCGAAAUUUCACCAAACUUGGGAGCUUGGGAAUCUCCCCAUUUCAGGGGAAUGUUGGGAAAUCCCCAGAAUUUUGUGCCACUCCUCCAGAAUUUUUUAUAGCGGCUUACCAAAAACGAACAAAAUUUUCCCCAAAACAGGGAGCUUGGGGUAUUAAUGGUUCUCAUUGUUGGUUAGAACCAACAAUAUAG